AUGUCACCAACAAUCACGAUUGUGCGACACGCUGAAGCCAGGCACAACGUUGAGCCUAAUGGUGAUGCUUUGCGCGACCCCCAUCUAACUCAAAAAGGUGAGGGCCAAGCAAAGACUUUACAGAGCACAUUCCCCCAUAUGUCCAGAAUCAAGGGUGUUAUCUCGUCCCCAAUGAGGAGGGCAGUUCAAACAGCCCUCCUCGGCUUCGGCCCGGCGAUUCAAAAGGGCAACAUGAAAGUCAUCCUCAUUCCAGAAUUGCAGGAAUCAAGUGCGCGACCAUCGGACACGGGUUCACCAGCGGAAGUCCUUCAGGCCGAAUUCGGUAACGUACUUGAUACUCAAUUUCUAUUCGAUGGCUGGGAGUACAAAGACGCAAGCACUACCUACGGUGGGCGAGACCAAGCGAAAGUCGCAGAGCGAGCGCGUCUAUCUCGCGUUUAUAUCCGCAGUGUUGCGAAGACCCUUAGCAAUGACGACCAUCUUGUUGUCGUGGCUCACAGCGGCUUUAUUCGGCACUUGAUUCAGGGUGCCCCUAAGUUUGGCAAUGCUGAAUUUAGAGCCUGUAAAUUCGUUGACAUCCUGGGCGACGAUAGCCUUGCUCUUCUAGCCGAGGUCUCUCUGAAAACCCAUUAA